UUGCUUUGGCGCAGGAAACGAGGACAGUGGCCAGUUCAGUGUCCAGUGUCCACCCUACCAGCACAUGAAGUGUUAGGGUGAGCCACUGAGCCCCGCCAUACCAGUGAAAACCAGACAAGGGUAAAGGCAAAAAAACACGUACGGCAUUGCGCGGCGUCUUGACAGAGAGCGGCACCACGUGAUGAUGUGCACAAAGAUGGUGAUGGUGGUGAUGGUGGUGGCAAUACUCCAGCCGCCUCUCACCAACGCUGCGAAUAUUUUCACAGCGUUUAGUCGAGGCUUUGAACGCCAGGAGGAAAUUCAAACCACAGUUCUGAACCAGGGGAGUGGGUGGGAGUCCCGCGAGGUGCCGGGCAAGGUCUGGGCGUGCACGGGACAAGAAGGCAGCAACGGCCAAAUCACCACCUCAAAACAGAUGGCGGCUUUCCUGCGCCUCUUUAGCUAUCUGGACGGCAAGAAUAGCUUAGGCCAGAAGCUACCCAUGGGAAAGCCUGUGUCUAUCGAGGUGAAGACGGCAGCUGACGGAUCGCGGGAGGUGAAUGCGUGUUUCUUUCUACCGGAGAGGAUACAAGCUGAUCCCCCGACCCCUACUGACCCCCUUGUGUUCCUGUCACAGCGCCCCACCCUCACGAUCUUUACCACGCGGUUUGGUGGGUUUGCUACUGACGAGGACAAAUGGAUGAGAGAAGCACGAGAGUUGAAGAGAGUGCUGACGGCGGAAGGGAUAGAGACGAGAGAAGACCUGCAAUAUUGGAACGCGUACGAUCCUCCUUACAAGUUUUGGCGCAGACGCAAUGAAGUGUGGUUGGUGAAGCCAGAGGAACAAGUCUGAGUCUGUUACCAAUGCUUCUCUUUCGACUGAUGUCUUUGAUACUUUUGUUUUACGUAGUUAUCUUAUAAUCUCAUGGGCUGUGUAGAAAGCAGUAAAAUUGAAUUACAUAACUCCAUAUACUCUUUUAGCUAUGUAAUGUUCCUUUUCUUUUUUUCCAAUACCUUUGCCCAAGAAUUAAUAAAACAAUGCAUUA